GAGUGGACAGUGAGAGAGAGAGACAGAGAGAAAGGUCUACCUUUGCCGUUGGUUCACCCUUCAAUGGCCGCUGAGGCCGGCACCGCGCUGGGAUCCAAAGCCAGGAGCCAGACAACCACAUGUCGGGCAGCCAUUGCCUGGGCAACAAAUUCCCCUCUUUCAAUUGAAGAAGUUCAAGUUGAGCCACCAAAACCUGGGGAAGUUCAAAUUAAGAUGAUAUCUUAAGGGAUCCGUGGGUUUGAUAAUCAUGUGCUGAAAGGAGAACUCCCAGUGAAAUUUCCUUUAAUCCCACGCCAUGAAGGAGCUGGGGUUGUGGAGAGCGUCGGCAGUGGAGUGAGCUCUGUGGAGCCAGGAGAUAAAGUCCUCACACUCAUUAUUCCACAGUGCAGAGAAUGCAGUUCCUGCUUGCACCCCAAAGGAAACUUCUGUGAGAAGCAAGAUGUUCUACCCUCUUCUGGAUUAAUGCUGGAUGGGACCAGCCGAUUUACCUGCAAAGGAAAAAAGAUUUAUCACUCUUUCCACGCAAGCACAUUCACUGAAUAUACGGUUGUGCCUGAGAUUGCAGUGGCAAAAAUUGAUGCUGGUGCUCCAGUGGAUGAAGUGUGCCUCAUAAGCUGUGAGUUACCUACAGGCUACAGGUCUGCUGUUCACACAGCCAAGGUUACUCCAGAUUCCACCUGUGUGGUUUUUGGACUUAGAGGAAUUGGUUCAGCCAUUGUCAUGGGCUGCAAAGCCUCUGGUGCUUCCAGGAUCACUGGGGUUGACAUCAAUGAGCAGAAGUUUCCCUGGGCGAGAGCUUUAGGGGUCAUUGACUGUCUCAACCCUCGGAACCUCAAGAAGCCUGUCCAGGAGGUGGUGGUGGAAAUGACAGGUGUUGGUGUUGACUUUGCCUUUGAGGCCAUUGGACUCAUUGAUGCCAUGGUAUGUGGUGCUUGGGGCACAGUGAAAGGGUACUGCCUGUCAACAUGUGAGUACAAGUUGAAUAAUCUCUGUUAUAAAACCAGAGACUGUAUUCUCCAGUUAGUAACUGACUACCUGCAAAAUAAGAUUAAUAUAGACCCAUUACUAACCCAUCAGCUGUCUUCUGAUAAACUCCAUGAGGCCUUUGAGUUGUACCAUGCUGGAAAACCAUCUGCUGUGUUCUGCUCUUCUGAGUUAACGGAUGAUAAAGGUUCCAAGGGCAUCCUUGGGGCCUUCCACCCUUUCCUGUUUCACCUCUCUGAUUAUUCUAGUGCAGAGGAAAGAGAAGCAUUGGAGAUAAGAAGGCAGCGUGGUUGUACAAAAUGA